AUGGCUUCAGAACCUCCACCUCCAUAUGAGAAAGAAACACCAAAUGGCGAAAUUACAUUCGCAUCCCAAACUGAAAGAUUGGAACAGUUAUUCCAUGACCCACCACGGUACCCUACCAUUAUCGAAAACCCGAAACCCUCGAGCUCCCGCAAUGGGGUCAGCUGUCUUAUGUCGCUCACGGCGUUCAUAAUGUACCUUUUGGUGGUUAUUGGCUGCUCAGUUAAUGGGUUAAAAGGCUUAUACUUGGUCCGCUUUGACAACGUGGGUGCUCGUUUCUUGGUGAGAGAUUAUGCUUAUGCCGCUACAGUCACGGCAAGAAGAAUGGAGGUGACAAGUAUUCCCUCAACCACAAGAAGCUUCUCCUUGAGGCCUUCAAUCGAGGCAUUUGCAACCGCUACAGAAAUUUCCGCAUCGGGUAAUAUGGUUGCAACCACCACCCAGUCCUCGUUCACAACUCCUACAUCUGCCAGUUCGAUGGGUUCAUCAAAAAGCGCUUUUCAAUCAGCAACAGCAUCCUGGAGAUCUAGAACAACUCCCAUUACUAGUGCAAGAGCCCUGGCAACAUCAUACUACACCAGACCAGAAGCCCUGUACCUUCCAACCAAUUUGGGAAAUUUCACGGUAUUUAUGGGCUACUAUGGUACAGUCAAGAACGCACACUAUCGUUAUGGUUGGUCAUUGGGAAUACCGUCCGAGUACUAUGUUGGUAUUUGGUCUUAUGGCUAUUUUUCCACAGGCUACAAAACAAAGAGAAACACCAUUUAUUCUGGAAUUGACUACUCGAAAAUGGUCAAUGAUAACGCCGUUGUCUGGGUGUAUAUGCCUGGGCUCAACUAUAAGGAAAAAGAGAUUGAAUUUCUGGGAAGAUCCAAAAUGAACCAGACAAAUAAAAUUGCCAUGGCACUCCAGCCUUUAUCUGUGAUCUUGAUGGUGUCACUAGUGUUCUUUGUUGGAAUGGCAUUUCAAAUACUUCCUCGGAAAUGGGCCCGUUAUAUUGCACCUCUGACUGUUGUCUACUCACUUGUAUUCAACAUUCUAUACAACGUGGUUGCAAGAAGGUAUGGUUCUUAUAUUACCACGGCAUUUCCGAAGAAAGAAGUCACUGUCGACAAAGGAUUGAAAUCUGUUCCAAUUCUCUGGAUUGCAUUUGCGUUCCAGUGCAUCACCAGCUUCAUUGAAUUGAUUCUUCUGCUUCAUUGA